GUGUCGUGAGGCCGAGGUUCGAGGCAGGCGUGUUUGCCUUUUGUGGUGCAGGUCGGAAGACGUAUGGAUACGAGAGAAGACACCGACGGGUUGGUAGAGGUGGAGGAUGGCCCUGGGGAGUGCCCACGAGAACAGUCGGCCCUCGCUAAGACUCGCGAGUGGCGAGUCUGGCUCAGAAACGGCUGGGUGCUGCGAGAGACGCUCGCAAUCUUCAAGAUAGCUGCGCCUAUGGUGGCAAACAAUUUUUUCUACCAAGUCAUGUUUACGGUGGCCCUGGUGUUUGUUGGUAACAGCAGUGGGCGGAGUUUGGAACUGGAUGCGGCAGCUCUGGCUCUAUCAUUUAUGAACGUAACUGGAGUGUCUGUAGGUAUUGGACUGGCCACCGCUGCUGAAACUCUCUGUGCACAGGUAAAAUUGUGUAUUGUUCAAUUGAUGUGAAGAUUUACCGGCAUUAAUAGAGCACGUUAUGUAGCGUAUUCUCACUGUUCUGGACCACGUAUUUCUAUAGAUGUUUGGAUUCAAGAACUACAAAGGACUGGGACUGGUCACACAGAGGGGUACGUAUGCAUAUUAUA